AUGGAGUCCAACUUCCGCUCCACCGUUCUCCAGAGGCCCCCGGGCAAAGAUGACGAGCGAGAUAGGCGACACCCGCGAGACAUCCUGAAUCCGGCGGGCUCGGUUGUCGCGCCUCCGCGUCCUCCCCAAGGGCCCCCACGACACUCGGCCUUCAGCCUCCGAUCGCCCACGCAAACCGAGUUUCCCCCCUACCCGUCACAGUCAGGCACGUCUGCGAACCACCACCACUCGCCGCCGCGGCCCGUUCUGAACUCUUUCAUGUCCGCGUCCGUGGGAUCCGGCCAAUCCUUGCCUCCGCCGCCUCCUCUUCACUCUUCAUCGAAUUCGGCUGGCGGUCAUCUCCACGCCGCUCCGCCAUCGCCGAUGCGCGGCUCCCCGGCAUAUUAUCCUCCACCGCAGAAGGAGCAGCAUCGCGAGAAGGGGAGCUUCUACGACUCCAUCACAGAUACUAUGACGAAUGAGCGCCGGGUUUCCGAGACAGGAUCCUGGCAGGGCGCGUCAACGCCCAAGACUCGUGAGGCCUCGGCCUAUUCAUCAUCGUCCAUUGACCAGCAACACCCUUACAAUAACGGCACAUACACAUCGCCACAAACCUCUACAUUCCAAUCCAGAAGUCCUCGUUCUCGACCUCAUGGUCUAUCGGCGACUGCCAGCCCAUCCGGACGACACCAAGUAGCCGGUUCACCUCGGCCAGUCCACACUACUUCGCCCAUCAUGCGGCCCAUGUCAAACGGAGGUAGUGCCUCUGUAAGCGCAGGGCUGCCCUCGCUGCUUCGUAGCCAAUCGCCCCCAUCGGCUCCUGUGCCUUCUAAGCCUGUCUCUUCGACACCUAGCCGCGCAGCCGACCCUAUGUCAUUUUCCAACAUCCUAUCCGAACCCGCACCCAGGCUUCGCCCAACGACACCUGUACGGCCCGAGGUCAGGGAAACCUUGCGGGAACCGUCUCCCCGUCGCGGUGUCGGUUUUCUGAGGGAACCCUCGCCUGAACGUCCCCUUAGGCGACCGGAAGAGACUUCACUUAACAGUCUGCGUGCGCCCGAGCCCGAAAAGGAACUCGAACUGAGGUCUGAAACGGAGAGGGAGGAUGAGACCUUGCCAGAUGUGACCGCCACCAAGACAGAGCCUGACACCGAGCCCGAGCCCGAACCCGAGCUGGAACGUCCUGUCAAGGAUAAGAAGAAGAUGCCUCCCAAGGCCAAGGAGAAGAAAGAAAAGCCUUCUCGUAAAUCCAAGGGACGCGUUUCCGACAUCAGGGACGCGGAGAGCACGCCAAAGAGCUCCAACCGUCGAGCAUCCACGUCAUCGCAGAGGGAUCCCAGCACCCCUCGCGUGCCGGCCAAGCGUCAAUCUAAUGGCCAGCCCAAGAGCCUUGCCAUCUCGGCCGCCAAGGAGAAGAGGAUUCUUCUCGAGAUGGAGCUACUAGAUGCUGAGGCUGCCGAAGAGGAAGAGGACUAUGAUCUCUUUGCCGAGGAGGCUGAUGCCUUCCAAGAACGUUCCGCUAAACGCCUCCGGACCGCUAAGGACACCGAGGACUCGCGUAAUCGUGCCCGGAGGAAGGACCUUGUCGAGGGUGGCCUCGACCAUCUCCUGGCUUACUCCGAAAUUGGUAAGAGGAGAUAUGACGAACUCUACUACGAAGAGGCACUGCACGAGGUCCGCGAGCGUGAAGUUUUCGCGGAGAAGGAACGCAAGAAGGACAUGCAGCGAAAGCGACGACGAGAGAAGUCCAUGGCUGCCACGAUCGAGCAGAAGGAGGCCGCGCUUGCUAAGGCCCGCGCUGCCGAGGACGAAUCUGAACGCCAGAAGCACUUGCGUGAAGCCGAACGGGCGAACAAGAAGGCCCAGCAGACCAAGCUCGUUCUGCAAAAGGGUCUCAAGGGCCCUGUUCGAUCUGUUGAUCUUAACCUUGAGGGCGGUACCAUGUCAUCGUUCCCCGCAUCCGACGCCGAAACCCCCGCCGCCACCACGAAGGGCAAGUCAAAGGGCCGUGGCUCGAGGCCCAAGAAGUCCAAGGAGCAGAAGCAGGCCGAGAAGGCGUCGGCUGAGGCUGCUCAAGCUGCUCUUGACGCUGGCGAGGAGCUGCCGCCUCCCAAGGAGGAAGGCAGAAUCCGCAUCAAGCUCAGCAAGAAGUCGAAGCAGCAGAAGGAGAAAGAGAAGGAGACCGAAGAGACGGAUAAGGACAAGGAGAACAAGGAGAACAAGGCCGGCAAGGAGGGUAAGGAGAAGUCCAAGGAGAAGGAGGAGGCACCGCCCGAUGCCAAGUUCCAGUCGAAGGGUUAUAAUCAGAUCUACGAUCAAAUCUGGCGAGAUAUGGCGCGCAAGGAUGUCAACAAGGCCAACAAGCUGGCAACCGACUCCUACGCCACCAAGUCCUCGAACCUGAAGAAGACGGCCAUCCUCGCUUCCAAGGAAGCCAAGAGGUGGCAGCUGAAGACGAACAAGGGCACCAAGGACCAGCAGGCUCGCGCCAAGAGGGUCAUGCGAGACAUGAUGAGCUUCUGGAAGCGCAACGAGCGAGAAGAGCGCGACCUCCGGAAGGCGGCCGAGAGACAGGAACUCGAAAACCAACGGAAGGAAGAAGCCGACCGCGAAGCCGCCCGACAGAAGAGGAAGCUUAACUUCCUCAUCUCGCAGACCGAAUUGUACUCUCACUUCAUCGGCAAGAAGAUCAAGACGAACGAGGUCGAGCGCAGCACGGACCAUCCCGAUGUCGCCGUCGACGACAAGGACAAGAUCCCCGAGAACAACCUGGAUAUCGAAAUGCCCACCGGCCCCGUCGGCACCAAGGUCAGCAACUUUGAGAAUCUCGAUUUCGACAAUGAGGACGAGAGCCAGCUCAAGGCGGCCGCCAUCGCCAACGCUCAGAAUGCCAUCGCCGAAGCCCAGAAGAAGGCCCGCGAGUUCAACAAUGAAGACAUGGAUGAGGAUGGCGAGAUGAACUUCCAGAACCCAACGGGUCUCGGCGAUGUCGAGAUUGAGCAGCCGAAGCUCAUCAACGCUCAGCUCAAGGAGUACCAGCUCAAGGGUCUCAACUGGCUCGUCAACCUCUACGAGCAGGGCAUCAACGGUAUCCUCGCCGACGAGAUGGGUCUCGGAAAGACUGUUCAAUCCAUUUCGGUCAUGGCGUACCUCGCCGAGAAGUACGACAUCUGGGGUCCCUUCCUCGUUGUCGCGCCCGCGUCCACCCUCCACAACUGGGAGCAGGAAAUCCGAAAGUUCGUUCCCGAGUUCAAGAUCCUGCCGUACUGGGGUAGCGCGGCGGACCGCAAGGUGCUCCGCAAGUUCUGGGACCGGAAGCACUCGACGUACAAGAAGGAGGCUUCUUUCCACGUCUGCGUUACGUCUUACCAGCUCGUCGUGUCUGACGUCGCUUACUUCCAGAAGAUGAAGUGGCAGUACAUGAUUCUCGACGAGGCCCAGGCCAUCAAGAGUUCUCAAAGUUCUCGAUGGAAGUGUCUGCUGAGCUUCCACUGCCGCAACCGACUCCUCCUUACGGGUACGCCCAUCCAGAACAACAUGCAGGAGCUUUGGGCCCUUCUCCACUUCAUCAUGCCUUCGCUCUUCGAUUCGCACGACGAGUUCAGCGAAUGGUUCUCCAAGGAUAUCGAGUCUCACGCUCAGAGUAAUACGAAACUUAACGAGGACCAGCUCAAGCGUCUGCACAUGAUCCUCAAGCCCUUCAUGUUGCGUCGUGUGAAGAAGCAUGUCCAGAAGGAGCUCGGCGACAAGAUCGAGCUUGACGUCUUCUGCGAUCUCACGUACCGACAGCGAGCCUACUAUACGAACCUGCGCAACCAGAUCAGCAUCAUGGACCUCAUCGAGAAGGCCACGCUGGGCGACGACAACGAUUCGGGCACGCUGAUGAACCUCGUCAUGCAGUUCCGAAAAGUCUGUAACCAUCCCGAUCUGUUUGAGCGUGCCGACACGACCUCGCCUCUUGCUUUUAGCCAUUUCGGCGAGACGGCGUCCUUUGUCCGCGAGGGCAACGACGUGACGGUCAAGUACUCGACGCGAAACUUGAUCGACUACUCGCUGCCUGUACGUGUCUGGCAGGGCGAUGGUCGGUUGAACAAGGCGAGUGCGGAUAACGUCAAGGCUGGUUGGAGAAACAAGGCGCUUAACCACAUGAUGAACAUUUUCACCCCCGACAACAUCCGGGAGGGCAUGGAGGGCUCCGAUACCUUUUCCUGGCUCCGCUUUGCUGAUGCCUCUCCCGGCGACGUUUACAAGGCGACUCACUCCGGUAUCGUAGCGCGUGCUGCUGAUGCGGUGGCCCGAAAGGACAGGCUUGGUCGCCUGGCCGUGGCGUACUCCGAACCCGAGGACAAGGAUUAUACACCCGGCCACGCUCUAUUCCUAAUUAACGAAAGGCAGAAUAGGCAGCCACUCGCGGAGAUUACUGGUGAAGGAAUCCUCCGAAAUCUCAUGAAUGUCGCACGCGUCAAGUAUAAUCAUCUCGGCCUUGGAAGACUCGAGCAAGCAGCUCGACCCCCGGCCUCGGCACCGCCCAUCGGCGUCGUCUGCAACGAUCCUUCGACGAGCUUUGAGCGAGAGCAAGCCUUCUUCAACGUCGGGGUUAGGCGGAUACUCUACGGGCCUAACCCGGUCGAGCAAAAGGCUCUCAUCAAGCAGAACAUCCGCCCUGCUUUCAUGCCUCCCGCUAAGAUGCUCCCUGCGCCCGAUAACGAGAAGAAGCGGUUCAACAACAUCACAGUUCCGUCAAUGCGCCGAUUUGUUACUGACAGCGGCAAACUGGCUAAGCUGGAUGAGCUGCUCUUCAAGCUCAAGAACGAGGGUCACCGUGUCCUACUCUACUUCCAGAUGACUCGCAUGAUCGAUCUCAUGGAGGAAUACCUGACCUACCGCAACUACAAGUACUGCCGUCUGGACGGAUCGACGAAGCUCGAGGACCGACGAGAUACUGUGCACGACUUCCAGACUCGACCCGAGAUCUUCAUCUUCCUGCUCUCCACGCGUGCCGGUGGUCUCGGUAUCAACCUGACGACGGCCGACACGGUCAUCUUCUACGACUCCGACUGGAACCCUACGAUAGACUCGCAGGCCAUGGACCGAGCUCACAGGUUGGGUCAGACGAAGCAGGUCACGGUGUACCGUCUCAUCACGCGCGGCACGAUCGAGGAGCGUAUCCGCAAGAGGGCACUCCAGAAGGAAGAAGUACAGCGCGUGGUCAUCCAAGGUGGUGGUGCCAGCGUGGACUUCUCUGGCCGCAGGGCGCCGGAGAACAGGAACCGCGACAUCGCCAUGUGGCUUGCGGAUGACGAGCAGGCGGAGAUGAUUGAGCGACGCGAGAAGGAGCUGCUGGAGAGUGGAGAGUACGACAAGGUGCAGAAGAAGAGGGGUGGUAAGAGGAAGAGGGCGGUUGAUAACGCAGGCGCCAAUGGUGGUGUCAGUCUCGACGAGAUGUACCACGAGGGAGAGGGUCAUUUCGACGACAACAAGGCUUCGGGCUCGGCCACGCCGGUGGCGGCGGAGCCUGACACCAAGGCGGCCAAGAAACGACGUACGGGCAGCAAGAAGGCGAAGACGACCAAGCAACGUCUUGCCAUGAUUGAUGGGGAGAUUGAUGCGUGA